AUGGACGUCAGCAAGCGGCCACGCGAGGAACUCCACAAGGAGCAGUGUCUCUCCUUCGUGAAGAAGCUUUGGGCGGCCGACACGCUCGCCAUGUUUCACUAUCCGGUGAGCGCCACCGAGGUGCCCGGCUACUACGACGUCGUAGAGACACCUAUGGACCUGUCCACGAUUCGGAAGAACAUCGAGCAGGGCACGUACAGAACGGACGCUGAAGUCGAGAAUGACGUGGUGCUCAUGCUGUCAAACGCUCUGGACUUUAACGAGAAAGGCUCGCAAUGGCAUGAUUUGGCGAAGCAGUUCAAGAAGCAGUACCUGACGCUUGCGCGAGAGUCGGGGCUGUCCUUCGACGCGGACCAGGCGUUCAUCCCUACGAAGAAGGUGCGCGACGACGAGUCGACGCUGCGCAAAGCGGAGAAGAAGGGAGAGGAGAAGCUCGAGGAUGUUUUGCAGGCGAUGGAGAAGGACAAGGAGAUCCCGCUCGAGCAGCUGCGGGCCAUGUACGCGCGCCGAACAACAAGGGGGAAAGCGGAUCAGCAAAGCUCCGACUUCAGCAGCGGUAGGGGCAACGACGAUAGCGAUGAAGUGGUGUCCUCGGACGAAGAAGACACGAGCGACAGUGGCAGCGGUAGCUAUGACACUGAAGAAGAUGAGGACUCGCUCGACUCCGAGAGUGCGUCAAAGGAUGACGAUGACGACAAGUGA